AUGCGAUUGGUUCCUCGUCUUUUCGCUAUACUUUUCACUUCUAGUCUCACUUUAUAUUGUUGUCUAUCUAUCCGUCACAAACACCUUGUUGAAGAUGAUAUACUCAGAUCACAGGAUACUAACAUUACUGUGCGUACUAGUGUGUUGAAGAAGGUAGCUCGACCACAGACUUUACCGUCUGAUGUUGGCACGAACCUCACUGCGUACAUCAAGGCAAAGUUUGGAAACACAUGCUAUAAAGAAGAAUCAUUCUCGCAGUGGUGGGCGAAUAACACCCUAUCGAAUGAACUGUUAGUGGACAAUCUGAUUGGAUGCAGAAGAUCUAUUUCAGAUGCCUUCAUAGUUGGCGUUAAAAAGUGUGCUACAACUGCACUCCGAGAUGUAUUGGCAAUUCAUCCAUAUAUAAUGCAUAGACCAGGGGAAAUCCAUUUCUACGAUCGACACUUUCAUGAAGGUUACUAUUGGUAUCGGAAACAAUUUCCGUUUUCCAAAAAAUGGCAAGUAGUUCUGGAAAAGACUCCGCAGACAUUCUCGUUUCCUGAAGAUGCCCCCAAAAAGAUGGCUGAACUUAAUCCCAAGACAAAGUUAGUCGUGAUUCUCUGUGAUCCUGUCGUCAGGGCAGUUUCUGACUAUGUACACGAACAAUACACUGAAUCAUAUAAAAGAUUCAACCCUCCCUAUUAUAGAAUCAAUGAACAAUCUUUUGAACUGUCAGUUUUUAACGCAUCGGGCACAAUUGACAUUGACAAUGACCUCGUCAGGAAGGGAAUAUACUCGAAACACCUGAAGAGGUGGUUGGAAUAUUUCCCUAAAGAACAAAUCCAUGUGGUUGAUGGUAAUGAUUUUAGUUUAGAUCCUGUGUCAGAAAUAAACAAAAUUGAAACAUUUCUGAGACUGCCAAACUUUCUGCUGAAGACACAUCUGGAUUUUGGGCCAGACUUCUUCUGUAUCGCUUUUCCUGGUGUUCGGUGCCCAAACAUGAAUGUCAAGGGCAGACAGCACCCUGACAUACCCGAGGUGGUGCUACACAAACUCUACGGUUUUUAUCAGCCAUAUGACAUUGAACUUCGGCAUUUGCUGAACAGAACAUUUUCGUGGAUGGGGAAGGAUUCUCUAUAA